AUGCUCGGCAGCAGCGGCCACAGCGGCAGCGCUUGCAGCAACACGCGCCGCUCGGAGGUGGAAGCAACUCGCUCGUUGAUCGCCGACCUGUCCUGGAACAAUCUGUCCUGGCAACAAGCAAAGACGGUGCUCCUCGGCGCGCAGAAGGCACCGGACAGCCGCUUCUUCGAGCUGCCGCAGGUACUAGUGCCGAAGAUUUUGAAAAUGGCGCACCGGCCGCAGUGGCAGCCGAGGUUCACUGGUCUGCGCGCUGUGCCGCGAAGGAUGGGCCUGAUCAGCGCCCGAGGCACCAGGCUCUCCUUCCGGGCGAACCCGAGCCUGGUGGAGAGCGACGACCCGCGCUCGACGCCCUCGGUCGAGCUCGACGGCGAGGGCGUGCAGGCGUGCGUCCUCCGGCUGAGCGAAGUCGGGAUCGGCAGCGUCGUCCGCCUGUUUCGCGUCUCUGACGGCGGCGAGCAGCUCGCCGUCUGCUUCUCGGUUGACCCUCGCUGGGACACCAGCCCCGAGCGGGAGUUCUCCCAGGAGGAGGUGCACGUCCUGUUUGACGCGCCCCGGUCGCGCGCCACCUCGGAGUGGGCCACGCUGCUGCCGCAGCACGAAGGGCGGGCCGUGCCCGCAGGCCGCGUCGAAAAGUACCUCGCGCACGUGGCCGGCUGGUCUGGCUGGUCGUCCGGUCGAUGCAGCGGGGCUGGCCCGGAUGGGCGCGCGCAGGACGUCGAGCUCCACUUUCUGUUUGAUUUUGAGCGGCGGACAGUGCGGCUCGGCCUGUGCGCAGAAUGGGCGGUGGACGGCAUGUCGGAUUGGGGCGUGACGGGCUGGCGCUUCUUUGGCCGCGCCUUCCCGCUGGGCGAGGGGCGGCUGCGGCUCGGCAUCGCGGGCUUCUACGGCGACGCGGGAAGGGUGGUGCAGCCUGACGGCGGGGUGGAGAUCAAGCGGGUGAGCGCGACGGUGUCUGCCCCGCACCCGAGCGGCGAGUUCUACACCGCGUUCGCCGAGAACUUGUGCGAGGAGGAGGGGGUGGCGCCCCAGGUGGUGGCGGAGCUCCGCCGGGCGUUUGACACGGCGGUUGUGUCGGGCACGCCGUGGAGCUGGGUGGAAGCGGUGGCGUGCAACCCGGCCGAGUGCGUGUCGUGCCAGUUCGCAAACAGCAACGGUUGGCAGGACUUUUGCUUCUCGACGGGGUGCGACGGCGGGGGUUGGGGACAGUCCGCUAGCACGAGCACUUGGAACUGCGACGUCCGCCGCUCAGGCUGCCGCAAGCCGGCGCCCCACUCCGACCCGUGGCGCGCAGACCAGCCGCUCGAGUGGUGGUGCUGCGCCGGAGACGGCGAGGAGGAGGGGUGCGGCUUCGCGGUGUGCGGUCCCUGCCAUGCCGCGGCGCCCGACGCGCACGCGCAGACGGGUUGCACGAUGCCGCUGCUGCAGCGGUGGUGGUAG